GGAAGCCCCCAAUUGGCUAAUUCUGCUUCGCUGGUGUCGUGACACUCCCUCCAAUUUUGAUCAGCAACUUGGCAAGAGGAGCCGCAGCUGUUCAGUCUUGUCGGGUUGAGAUGCUUUUUUGAUUGAGCCUGAGGGCCUCUGCAGGAUUUCUAAGUUCCUCAGGAUCCUGCAUCAUCAGAAGCCGCGUGAACGAUGAAGUUGUCCGUGAAGGACGAGGCAGCGGAGCUGCAACUAAAGUUGGGCAAGAAAGCCACCUUUGAGGAUGCAGUCAAGAAGCUUACGAUGCUUGUUGCAAACGAGUAUCUUGUGGCUGACCUUGAAGCACGAAACGCCAUCGACACGGCAGUUUCUCGAGUGGCUACGUUGCUUCAGACACGAUACAGUGGCGAUUCUUCAAGAGGGUUCUGGACUGCAGGAGCUACGCUGUUCGAGGCUGCCGCCCAAGUUGUAAAGAUGGGAGAUCAGAAGAAAAAGGUGCAGAAGUAUCUGGCGAAAGCUCACGAGUUCCUGGGGGAGGACGAGCCGGUUCAAGCAGAAGCAUCUUUCGCGCCACAACCCCGCUUUCUCUUCGAGGGGCAGCUCUCGCAGGACCCGCCUCCCAUGCGGGCGCCAGACGCUCAGGCCCUAUUCUCGUCAAUGUUUGGACAGUUUAUUGGGGUCGAACCAGACGACGUCCCCAUGGAGCCCGCUGAUGAGGUUGAAAGAAGCCCGUCGGAAGCGACGUCCCAAGAAGAUCAGCCUGCCAUCGCAGCCGAGCAGCAAACCCCGGCCGAAACUAGACAAGGAACGAGCCCCUCCAGUACAGACCAAGCUUCCGAGUCUCCUGCUACGGACAGCUCACAACCCUCAAGUAGCUCUGAAACCCCCCAAACUGAAGAGCAGACCGCUCAAGGCGGCACCGAUAGACAAGUGCCGCCUGAGGAGGCCACCAACCGGGAAGACGUCUUGGAGCUGCCGGAGUGGGCCGAGGCCCUCCGUGCUCCUAAUGGGGGGCUAUUCGAUCAGCUGCGAGGGGACACCCCGCUCGACCGCCCAAGCAUCCAAGGAGCGCUGCAGCGGCUGCAAGAGAUGCUGCACGCAGGGAACGCAGCGGUGUUCCCGGGGCUUGAGGAGGCCCUGCAGGCCAGUCUGGAGGAUGCGGGCCAGCGCUCCAAGCAGCGGCCAGCGGCGGCCAAGGAUGAGGUCGAGCGACUUCCUGUCAUGGACGUGGACGAAGCCAAGCUGAGGCAGUUUGGAGCGGGCACCCAGUGCGCCGUUUGCCGGGAAGACCUCGUCGUUGGGGACAAAGUUCAGCAGAUGCCUUGCAAUCACCUGUUCCACCCGCCCUGCCUCGCGCCGUGGUUGGAGGAGAACAACUCGUGCCCAAUCUGCCGGUUCGAACUGCGGACCGACGAUAACGAGUACGAACGGCGGAAAGAGCGGGAGAAGGAAGAGGAGGAGGAUCGGAGGGGGGCUGAGAAUGCUGUGCGAGAAGGUCAGUUUAUGUAUAUGUAGACAAUACUUGUGAAGAAGUAUGGACUCGUAGCCUGUUUCAGAAAUCGAUUCGUACACUUGACGACAGCAUGUAGGCAAAGACAGGUCACCAUAUGUUUCACCUUCAUAGAGAUACAACUAGCAGGUCCAUCAUCCAUGUGUACAAGUGCCUGCACGCAU